AUGGCGGGGUUUUGCCUUUUCAGGCUAAAAAACCCAAAUUCAAUUCGAUUUCAAAAUUGCAAUACAAAAUGAUCCCCCACAGAGAGUUAGAGAAGAAUACAGAGGAAGAAGAGAAAGGAGGAAAGGGAGCUCAGCGUAUCCAUAUUAUCAUCAUUCAUUCUCAGUGGUUUGCAGAAUAUGACGCUAAGCGAAGAAACAAACAUUCAAGACAGAAUUGGAAGAAUAAAGUGGAGAGGAGAAAGUUAGAAGCAAAGGGUCAGACCACAUCAAACGUUGAAGAAAUGGGUCUCAUGGUACCAAAUAUUGAUGAAGGUGCUCGCGAAUUUGAUGUAGACUUCUCCGCAGUAAAAAUUCGUCGAGAGAAAGUUGAAUACAGUAGGGAAGAGGAAGAGAAACUCAAGCGGUUACAAGAGGAAUCAAAAGAAAUCCCAGGAUCUUAUCCUUUUAACGAGGUUAUUGUGGAGGAAAAUCAGACGACAAUUGCUGAAUUCAGCCAGAACGAAAAUUUGGUUCUUCCCGCAGAUGAGGUGUUCAAGGAACGCAUAAUUACCGGAUCAAAUUCUGUGCAGGUUGGGCGUGAAUCAAGAACAUCUACAUAUAUCUCCCAAGAAGAUCUGGAAGAACUGAUGACUUCCGUCAAGAAAGAUCCAUAUUUGAGACCUAUUAUAGAAUAUAUCGAGACUGAUGGUCCAACUGUAAUGAUGAGUGGUUCGCGCAGUAUGAGGCUAAGUACGAAUGCAAAAAUACAAAGAAACAAACAUGCAAAAGAAAAUUGGAAGAACAAAAUGGAGAGAAAAAAGUUGGAAGCAAAGGGUCAGACGGCAGCAAAUGUUGAAAAAAUGGGUCAGACGGUACCAAAUGUCAAUGAAGUUGCUCAAGUAUUUCAACGAGGCCCUGGUUAUAGAGACUUCUCAACUGUAAAAAUUCCUCCAGAGAAAAUCGCUUACAGUGAAGACAAAGAGAAACUCCAGCGCUUACAAGAGGAAUCAAAAGAAAACCCAGGAUCUCAUCCUUCUAAUGAGGAAAACCAGCAGACAGUUGCCGAAUUCUGCAAGAAGGAAAAUUUGGUUCUCCCCGCAGAUGAGGUUGGGGAUGAAUCUUAUGAAUCAAGAACAUCUACAUCUAUCUCCCAAGAAGAUCUGGAAGAACUAAUGACUUCCGUCAAGAAAGAUCCACAUCUGAAAACUAUUCUAGAAGAUAUUGAGACUGGUGGUCCAACUGUAAUGAUGAGGUACUUGAAUGAUUCCGAGAUUACGCAGAAGUUGGCGCAAGCUAUGGGUUUUGGAAUUUUAGGAGGGGACAAAGUUUGUUCAGUUGAACAUAAUGCACCAAAUGCUGAUGCAGAAGAUCAAACUGCCAAACAGGCUUGAAGCAAUUGUUCGCAAAUGAAGCUAGGAAUAGUUUUCUUGAACCAUUAGGAUGAUAACUUCUAGAGAAUCUGUUACUAAUUGCAUAGGGAUAGUUUUGAAUUUUCAUAAAAAUUCAUAAAUCUUAACAAUUUGGAUCAUCUUCAACUUCAUCAGAAAUUAUGAAUGAUUUCGGUAUGGGAUACGUUGCUUGAA